UUGAGAUUAAUUUUAUAUAUUUUGUGAUAAACAGGUCUAUAACAAUAUAUGGAUAGAAGUGGGUCACCUAUUUUAUAUAACUGACAACCUAAAGUGACUGCGCUUUUAUUUCCCAUAAUUCUUAGCGGCAACCACAGCAGCCCAACAACACAACAAGCAAUUUGACGUUAGCCGAAGAAAACCUUCCACGUAUUGUCAGCAGGAGUUGAAUUGAAUUGUAUUUUGUCGCCAUAAUGAAAGAUGUCACCGGGUACCUCAAACAACAGCAGAGCAACAGCUCCACGCCUGAGAUGGCGACCGAGUGGCACACUUUGGAGGACUUGUACAACAAAAGGCUGUGGCAUCAGCUGACACUGAAAUUGACAGACUUCGUUAAAGACCCCUGCUUCAAAACAGGAGAUGGCCUUAUACAGCUUUAUGAAAACUUCCUCAGUGACUUCGAACACAGAAUCAACCCAUUGUCCCUCAUGGAGAUCAUCCUCUAUGUUGCCAGACAGAUGUCAGAUCCCAAAGAUGCCAUCACAUUUCUUGAGAAGACCAAGGAAAAAGUGAAAAGCAGCGAAGAAGCUGUCAUUCUCUGCAAGACAUCAAUUGGCAGUCUCAAACUUGAGAUCACUGAUCUUCCGGCAACCAAGAAACUCAUUGAAGAAGUUGAGGAAAUGUUGAAUAAUUUGCCUGGCGUCACAUCAGUGCAUGGCAGGUUUUAUGACCUCUCGAGCAAAUAUUAUCGCAUCAUUGGGAACCAUGCUGCCUACUACAAGGAUGCUCUGAGAUACCUUGGAUGUGUCGACAUUAAAGACCUUCCAGAGACGGAGAAGCAGGAAAGAGCCUUCACAUUAGGACUGGCUGGUCUGUUGGGAGAGGGCGUCUAUAACUUUGGCGAACUGCUGAUGCACCCUGUGCUGGAGUCCCUAAGGAACACAGACAAACAGUGGCUCAUUGAUACGCUAUACGCCUUCAAUGGAGGCAACGUUGAAAAAUUCCAGGGCUUCAAGUCUGCAUGGGGGCAACAGCCUGACCUUGCAGCACAUGAAGCCAAACUGAUGCAGAAGAUCCAGCUCCUCUGUGUGAUGGAGAUGACUUUCACACGUCCUGCAAACCAUCGACAGCUGACCUUCACUGAAAUAGCUCAGAGUGCCAAAAUUCCUGUAAAUGAGGUGGAGCUUCUUGUGAUGAAGGCUCUGUCAGUUGGCCUAAUUAAAGGUAACAUUGAUGAGGUGGACCAGAAGGUGCAGAUGACCUGGGUGCAGCCAAGAGUGCUAGACCUGCAGCAGAUCAAAGGUAUGAAGGAGCGUUUAGACUUCUGGUGUGGAGAUGUUAAGAACAUGGCCAUGCUAGUGGAGCAGCAAGCCCAUGACAUCCUCACCUAAACCACUUGCCCUCUUCAAGCCAUGCCACCUCCCUUUCUGACCAGUAAUAACAGUUUUUCUUUCUGUUCGCCUGCAUCCUGAAGUGACUGGCACUCAUUACCAACUUGUAAAUGACACUGUAGUGUUUUACAAAUACUUUGUUUGUAUACCAUGAUCACAGUAUGGGCUAAUGCUGCCCACAAUAUGAAUAAAAUGCCCACAGAGAUAA